UAUUUAUAAAUAAAUAGUACAAAAAAAAGGAAAGAAAACUGAAGCUACCUACUCCGAAAACUGACCUAAACUUACACACAAACUUAGCAACGUACACAGCAAAGACUUCUCUCAAUCUUCGUCUGAGAUUUUCAUUUUUUUUCGUUUCUGAGUUAUAUAUGCAGUCACUUUGGGUGGAAUGAUAUGAUAGACCGAGGCUCUUUCUAUUGUUAUAAUCUGAAGCUCGUUGGUUUAUGCUUUGAUUUUUCAAUAAAUCUCUGUUAAGUGGAUCCACGUGUCUAAUCGGGGAGGAAAGUGCAUAUCAUGUUCUUCUAGGUGUUUGUGUAAAUAUUAUUAUGGCCUUUGAACAUUUUCACGGGAGGGGGUGCCAACUCAAUGCCUCUGACAUUGAUGAUAUCCAGUGGAAUACGAAUUGGGAUAAUGUUAUUUGCCCAAUAUGCUUGGAUUUCCCUCACAAUGGUGUGCUCCUUCAAUGUUCUUCAUAUGAGAAAGGAUGUCGUGCUUUUGUAUGUGACACAGAUCACUUGCACUCAAAUUGUUUGGACCGUUUCAAAAACGCCUAUGGUAUGCCACCCCCAUCAACUUCUGACAUAAAUCCCACAACCGACACUCAACCAGUGGCAACAGAGGGUAGUUGCAGACCAGUUUGUCCAUUGUGUAGAGGGGAAGUCACAGGAUGGGUGGUUAUUGAUAAGGUCCGUACGGUUAUGAAUGAAAAGAAGCGUUGUUGUGAAGAGGACCGAUGUUAUUUUACUGGAACCUACAUGGAACUACAAAAACAUGCUCAAUUAGAGCACCCUCAUUCUCGUCCUUCAAAAAUUGAUCCUGCUCGGCAGCUUGAUUGGGAAAAUUUCCAGCAGUCAUCUGAGAUCAUUGAUGUUUUGAGCACAAUCCAUUCAGAAAUACCACGUGGGGUGGUUUUGGGAGACUAUGUUAUUGAAUAUGGGGAUGAUGACACUGGAGAUGAAUUUGAAGACUUCCCUGGCGAUGACGGUAACUGGUGGACCUCCUGCAUAUUGUAUCAGGUAUUUGAUAACUUCAGGAAUGCUAGAAACAGAAGAAGAUCAAGAGUCAGUGAUACCAGAAGAGGAAGUCGCCGCCCAAGUUAUGAUACUUCUAACUCUGAUGAAGGUUCCGUGACAUCUGUAGAAUUUGCAGAGUAUAGAAUAGAUGAGACAGAUGAUGAGUUUGUGAGUACAAGUGGCCCCUCUAGAGGUAGCUCUGGUCUUCGGAGCAGGUGAUAUUCAAUGGCCUUGGAGAAAUCUCUGUUAUUGUGGCCAAGUGAAAAGUGAAAAUAGCUUUGGGAAGAAACUUACAAUUUGCCUUGCAUUUUAUCUUAUUUUAUUUCAUUGCCUAAUUUUCUUUGUUAGUGAUUCAUUGCCUUCUUGUAUUUCACAGUUCACGGAGGCGGCGAUCCCGCUUCUACGACAAUUAGGUUUAGGGAUGAUGAUCUGUAUUAGUGAUUCAUUGCCUUCUUGUAUUCACAGUUCAUGGAGGCAUUGAUCCCGCUUCUUCGACAAUUAGGUUUUGGGGAUGAUGAUCCUUGGGAAUAGAAUGCACAACUGGGAUACUGAAUCCAGUUAGCAUUCAGACGUGUAAAAGCUACAUCUGUGAUAUAUUUUGUUACAUGGUUGUGCUGAUUAGACAUGAAUAUCAAACUGUGGAAUUCCAAGUGGUUCUGCUCUGACCACUUCUGUAA